AAUUCGUUUCUUAGGUUAAAGCCCCUCGUAUAGAUCGGUGCGGUUACUGGUCCAUGGAACGCAGCGCAGAGCAAGCUUCGAAACUCUAAUCCGAGGCGUACCCAACUUCCUGAAGUUGAAAACCCACUAAUUAGUGAGUAAAGAUUAACGCUUGCUCAACUCAAAUACCUUCUGAUAAUUGUUCUUUUUGGCUGAGUAACUGAGUUGAAGACUUCUAAGAUGUUGGCCUGUGAUUCUGCAAAAGGGUUGUCAUUUAAUAAAACAAUUAGUAAUGGCGAUCUGGUUAUUGUUUAUGAAAGACAUGACAACAUGAAGGCUGUAACAGUGUCUGAGGGUUCAGUCCUGCAGAAUCGUUUUGGCGUUUUUAAACAUUCAGAUUGGAUAGGAAAGCCUUUUGGGUCUAAAGUAUUCAGCAGUAAGGGGGGGUUUGUGUACUUGUUAGCUCCCACGCCAGAAUUAUGGACUCUAGUGUUAAGCCACAGGACUCAGAUUCUCUAUAUUGCAGAUAUUAGCUUUGUUAUCAUGUACUUGGAAAUUGUUCCUGGGUGUUUGGUCCUUGAAUCUGGAACUGGAAGUGGAUCUUUGACUACUUCACUUGCAAGGGCAGUUGCUCCUACAGGACACGUCUGUACUUUUGAUUUCCAUGAACAAAGGGCUGCAUCAGCUAGGGAUGAUUUUGAGAGGACAGGUUUAAGCAACUUAGUCAGUGUGGGAGUUAGGGACAUUCAGGGUGAAGGAUUUCCGGAUGAAUUUAUGGGCAAGGCUGACUCAGUAUUUUUGGAUCUACCUCAACCUUGGCUCGCAAUUCCUUCAGCUUCAAAAAUGCUAAAACAAGAUGGCACAUUAUGCUCUUUCUCUCCUUGCAUUGAACAAGUUCAACGAUCAUGUGAAACAUUUCAAACCUGCUACACAGAUAUAAGGACAUUUGAGAUACUCUUGCGCACAUAUGAAGUUCAGGAAGGGAAAAUGGAAAGAUUACAAGGCGACGGCAAUGGUUGUAAUGCUUCUCUUUCUAGCAAGAGGAAGCAAUGUUCGGAUGGAAGCUAUGUGCUUAGCAGCCCUAUUUCUUCUGUCAUGGCUAGACCUUGUAGUGAAGCUCGAGGUCACACAGGCUAUUUAACAUUUGCAAGACUUAAAUGCGCCUCAUGAAGAGGGCUAUCAUGUCCAUUUUUUGUAGUAGAGAAAUGCCUUUACGUUUUUGUUUCAUGUGUGGUGCGAGAAAUUGCUUUUAUUCGUUAUAAUCAAAGGUUU